AUGGCCAAGCCGAGGACUCACAUUGGUAGCAGCGAGUGGUUCUGUGGCUAUUCCACAAACGGCAGGUUGAGCUGUGGGCCCGCAGCUCCCUGCCAGUCUCCGUUGAGACAAAACGUUUCGCUUUUGACCGGCGAUCCGUCUAAAAUGAUAAAAACUCGUCCCAUUCGGAGACCAACAUCAGAAGAGCCGCAGGACUACUCAGAUCCACCGACCUACGACGUCCGACAACGUCAUUCGAUGUCAGGUUCGAAUCUAUCCCUAACGAUGCAUUUUCAAGAAAUCUGUCGACGUGCAUCCGACAGUUGGCGAUGUUCCGAUUCCGCCAUUUAACCGAUGAAGCAGCCAAGCGUCAGCAGCCGACGCAGAGAGAAGUCCGUCGCAGCGAGGCGACCGGCCGACGAGGCAAGCUCCGCGUAAAAAGCUCACGCGGAGGCGUUGCGGUAAGCUGUGCCCAAGGUCGACAGUUUGAAGAGGUUAUCCCGCGAGACAUCUUUUAGAAGGACUUGUUGAUAAGUCAAUUACCGCGGAAGAGCGCUAGUUCCUCCGAGCAUCGUGGAGAAGAAAACAGGCGACGGCCUGAAACAAAGGGAUUCAUCGAGGCGAUUUCGAAGUUCAAGGGGAGUUCAAAAGUAUUUCGCAACUCCAGACCCCAGGCGGCGUGUUUACACGCAAGAGAGCGGCAGAGGCCGCAGUACAAGGUGCAACGAACGUUUGCAGGCUGCAGGGAGACAAAGAAGACGACCGGCUGCGGUUUCCUGAGGACAAAGACUCCGGCGACGGAAACAAAGAGAAGUGACGAGGCUGUCGUCAACAGUUUGGAGGACCAAGGAAGGACAUGGAUUUCAUCAGACGAAAGGGGCGAAAAACAGAAGGACAAGAGCGAAGAACGGUUUGGAAUGAUUCUCGCAAAUGAACUUGUUGCAGAAACAAAGACUGUCCUUCUCUGUUUCCGCCCACGGACUGAGGAGGGUUGUGGCACCGCCCCCAUAGCCUCAGUCUCCCCGAACGACCAACCAGUGGAAGGUCGCUUAUUCUGGUCUGGUGCUGUAUUUCUGCCGACAUGUCCCGUCCUCCUUGUCUUCCCGAAAGGGAAGACAUGGACGCUUCCGAGGCCACUGCUGAAGCAGGCGCGGCCCGAAGCAAAACGCCUGGACCUUUGA